UCUUUCUCCCAUGAUGCAACAGCAAACAAAGGGGUAGAGCAAGAGGACGAUUGAAAAGGGGGAGAAAAGUUUUAAAUGCUAAACAUCGUGAUUGUAGAUAUGUUUAAACCUUAAGCAAAUGUCGCGCAUUCAAACGUAUAUCCCGUUGAAUUGUGUUUUAUGCUGUAAAUCGCAUAUUCAGAACACGGCAAAGCGAUUUUUUAUUAUUUAGCAUUGGAAGCUAGUUAGCAGUAACGUUAGCCAACGCUAAAGCUAACCAUCAUCAGUGAGAGUUGUAGAGGUUGUACAGCCUUUGGGCUAAACGUUAGUGAUAUUAGCUUCUUGUUUUAUUUCAGUAUGUGAGUCAGAUCUUUUGGACAUAGUUCGGAAAUACACCAGUUCUUGUCUUUCGGAUGAAACACAACAGGAAUGGCAGAGGUGUUCACCUGAUAAGCGAUGAGCAAGCAGAGGGACAGGCAACUUGGUCAUCUGUAAAGCAUUGCCUGAGUCACCCCCUUGCCUAAAUUUGGGAGGAACUAUCAGAAUGAAGAAGAUAAGCCUUAAGACCAUAAGAAAGUCACUAAAUUUAAAAGGCAAAGAUGAAAAUGAGUUUGCUGCACCGUCAACACUGGCAGCCAGUUUUGCAGUGGAAGACUCCCUGUUUGGAGGCUGUUACAGCAAAGAUCUUGUUAAUAGUGACUUUGAUAAUGAAGAGGAGAAAGGGCCCAAGAAUCGCUCCAAGAGUGAGAGCCUAAUGGGCACCCUGAAAAGGAGACUGUCUACAAAACAGAAGGUCAAAGUCAAAGGGAGUUCACCGUCUGUAAGUUCUGUAGAUGACGACACAUUCUCAUCAUCCUCCGCACCCAUUACAUUUAGUGACUUAAAAUCCCAGCCCUCAUUGCGGUCCUCUGUCCGAAACCACCAUUACAGCCCGACCCCGUGGCCUCUUAGACCAGCAAACUCUGAAGAGACAUGUAUGAAAAUGGAAGCCACGGUGAACGCAUUGAUCCAUUCAUCCGGCGCGAGCCCUGCACUUAAUGGUGUUCGGAAAGACUACCUGGAAUUUCCUAGGGAUGGACUCUUUAAAGAGUCAAGUGACUCGUUGAAGGAUCCAGAACCUCAGAAUGGAGACCUUCAUCUAGAUAUUGAUGAAAAUGUGCCUGUAGUCAUCGGCCUUGCAGCUCAGGACUAUAUCCAGUACACAAUGCCUUUAGAUGAUGGACUGUACUCUGAAGAUGGCUCUCGCUCUUUCUGCCUGGAUGGCAUGUCACCUAUGGAGGUAGGGCCACAGUCAGAUAGAUGCUCUCUUGAUGCGGAUGAGGACCCCAUCGACCAGGAGCUGAUGUCCCCAGACCUCUUCAUGGAACCGUCGGUGAAUAGACUGCUGCUCAACACGGCCAACGUUCUGCUGCAAGGCUCGCAACUCGAAGCCCCCCUCUCACCUCCUCUACCUCCACUGUCGGGCAGUCUCCUCCAAAGGACCUUACCCGCAUUUGGGGGCACCCAUGCUCAGGUUGCUGAGCGGGUCAUGCACCACCUCAACUUUGACCCCAACUCGGCCCCAGGCGUGCGGCGGGUCUACGACGCCGUUCAGAACAGCGGGCACAUGGUGGUGACGAGUCUGACCGUUGAGCUGAAGAAGCUGGCCAAACAGGGUUGGUACUGGGGACCGAUCACCCGGUGGGAGGCGGAGGAGAAGCUGACCAACUUGAUCGAUGGGUCCUUCUUGGUGCGGGACAGCUCGGACGACCGCUACCUGCUUAGCCUGAGCUUCCGCUCCCAAGGAAAGACACUCCACACCAGAAUAGAACACUCCAACGGCAGUUUCAGCUUCUAUGAGCAGCCGGAUGUAGAGGGACACACGUCCAUUGUGGAUCUCAUUGAACACUCGAUAAAGGAUUCUGAGAGCGGAGCCUUCUGCUACUCCAGGUCACGCCUACCCGGAUCUGCGACCUACCCCGUCAGACUGACCAAUCCCGUGUCCCGGUUUAUGCAAGUGCGGUCUCUGCAGUAUCUCUGCCGGUUUGUCAUUCGCCAGUACACACGGAUAGACCUGAUCCAGAAAUUGCCUUUACCGAAUAAGAUGAAAGAUUACUUGCAGGAAAAGCACUAUUGAAAAUGGUUAAAAUAGUUUUGGAACUUCAGAAGACUUUGCUUGCUACUUGCACUUUUGGGAUAGAUGAAACAACAAAGCAGGUUUUAACAACUUUUAGACAUGUUCUGGUGCCAUUGCUUAUUUUCUUUUUUUUCCCGAGGAAAAGAUGAGAGGUGAUGUUUGUGUUAGUGGGUUCCAGUGUCUCCCUCAUGCUAGAUUAGAUAGUCAUUAUGUUGUUGGGCAUAUCAAGUGCAAAGAAUGUGAUUUAGAGGAUUAACAUAUACUGGAAUAUUUUCUGCAUGUUCAUGACAAGGGAAGCGUAUUGUGUUGUUCUUUGGUUGUAAAGGAUCAGUAGUCUUUGGACAAAGUUAUCUCUUUAUUUUUUGUAUGCAUAAACACAUACAUAUCCCAAAUAAGGAAACUCGAGAAGCACAUGAGAAGAACCCCCAACCCCCCCCCCAAGCUUUAGUAACAUUGAAGAAAUGUCAUCAGUUGUGGAUACACACAGGGAAAUGUCUUAAUGUUGUUUAGGGUUGCUUGUAUUUUUCUGAAACUCUUGACUCCAUUUUUUGUGCACAAUUUGACACGAGAGGCAGUGAGUCAUCAUGUAAUUCCCGCUGCCCUCCACCCUUCUGGCUCAGUGAUUGCCACACUGUUGUUCUUACUGCUUUUAGCCUGAGCGUUUUCCAUUGAUACUCCACCUGUGUAGUAUGCUGUUCCAGAGAGCCAUACUUUAGCUACAUUAGCUAGCCGCACAGGCAGUACACUACUAUGUCCAAUCACGUUAACUUUUUUUAGAGUAAGGACAUCUGAAGAAAAUGUUCCUUUCCUUUUUGUUUUGUAAUGAUUUGGCUAUUUUAUUUUUCAGCUUCCCUUAUUCCAACCAUUUCAGUGAAUGUGAUCCUAAUGACUUAUAAUCCCUUUGAACCUGUUAUCGUUUUUUUUUUUUUUGUUUGUUUGUUUUUUUGUAUGUGAAAGUUUCUCCAUGAACGGUACUUAUUUUGUGUGUUUGACAAUAAUCUUUCACUCUGAUAUUGGUCUACGAUACAUUGUUCUAAUUUGUUGACAGUUGUCAUUUCAUUUUGUUUGUAAGGAAUUCCACAUUUCUAGGGUUCAAGUAUUAUUGGAUGUUAUGUAAAGUAUCAGAAGCUCCCCAGAAGCUUCUGGCGCUUCGAUAACCUCAGAAAUGACUCUUCCCAUUGCAAGUUUGUGAAGUAUUCAUUGUGUAAUUCAUAGACUGUGUAACAUGGAGGCACACUUCAAAAAUGUUGACACACAGGUGACAGAAUGGAUGCCAGGUCAUUUUUAAACAGUUCUUAUGAAAAGGGAAACAAAUUCUGCCUUAUGAUGUGUAUUCAUUGUUUUUAUUUGGGAGAUUGAUGUACUUUAGGUUAGAAUUCAGUUGCCAAACAAACCUAGGGACACCCUUCCCCGCACACAGAUUCACAAAAGUUGAACAUUAUGUUAAAUGCUCAAUAUUACAGCUUGGAAGACCUUGCCAAAACAUUACAGUAUAUGCAGCCAUUACCAUUCAUUUUUUUCUUAAUACAUUUCUGCCAAAGUUGUGAACGGUUAUAAUUUCUUAUGGUCUUGAUGGCAUUAUGGUGCCAUCGUGUUAUUUCCUUUAAAUAACGGUGUUAUUUGGUGUGAAGGCAGUGAGUCAAUAAUUUGGGCAUUGUAAGAGGGUAGUACAUUGUUUCAUUUUGUGUCUCUAGUCUAGAGUUUUGAAACUUGAGGAAAACCAUGGCUCGUAAAGCAUGAAUAUGGAGCACUUGGUCAAAGAUCUGCAAACCUUGGCUUUACUGUAUCAUCCGGUUCAGAAACAUAUCAAAACAAAAGUGUUGGAUUGUUCAGGUACCUAUUUGUCAUACCUGUUUUAUUCAUGUCCCGAUGGCAAAAUGCAUGGUUGUUUUAGAGGAAUUUUCACUUGCUGCUCUGCACUGCAUGUGACCAUUGGAUGAUGGUUUGUGACAAGUAAAACAUUCCUGUGAUACUUAAAAGGGAAAUUGAUACACAAAUUGAUACAGGUUGUGUUAUUGGGAUACAUUGAUCAAACAUUGGGUUAAAAUUUACAUAGUUCUGAAAUGUAUGUAUAGGCAGAAAUGAGUAGUACAUUUUGAACAGCGUUAUGGGGCCAAGUGCUUAGCACACCUUAAACCAGAUGGACUGCUAAUCAUCUUCCUGCUGUUGGCAGUAAAUAGGAAAACAACAAUGGGACUUGUUCUCAUUAUCAAGCCCCCAAUUGGCUAAAGAAAAUAUGUAUGUACAUGAAAUGGUACUGGCUUGGCGUGUCAUUCCAUUGGGGAAAGACUUUGUCAAAUUAUUGGCCUUCAGCGUAUUAAAAAUCCUUCCCACAGAGCUGAGGCGUGAAUCAAGUGUAAACGAUAAACAUGUCAUUUGAUGCUAACACUUUGUCGCUUAAGCACAGAAACACCCUUCAUAGUUUUUUCCCAGUCCUUCAUAGUGAUAGACCUGUCAUCCCUUUUUCAUUUAAAUUGCUGGUUAAGUCAGUAUUUUAUCUUUAAAUAUCUAGCAUAUCCAGCCAAUGCUGUCCAUUUCUUUAUCCUUAGGUGUUACCUUAGGGAAGUUUACAUUUGUUCAUACUAAUCAUUUUAAGUUGCUUCGGGCCUUAGUUUAUUCAGAUCUUUAUAGAAGUAUAUCCUCAUUAUCCACACGUUUGGUACGUUGUAAUUCUCAUUUCUCCAUAAUGAUUACUGAUGGCCUUUCUGAUUAUACAGAAAUAUGAAUACAUCGAAUGUUGUUUCACCGUGGUUAGAAUGACUGGGCUUGUCACUUAGGAUUGAGCGUCUGUCCACUAGAAGUAGAGCUGAAGUGGUAACACAAUGGGUGAUUAUGGACGCCUAUGGCUGCAGUGAUUUUUUUUCGGUUGUGGUUUGUUCCAGGUUUAGUAUGCCCUUCGAGAAUGCAGUGUAAGCUCUGACAUGCUUGUUGUUUUUGAAGGGGCAGGCUGUAUACCAACUUAUUGCACAUUUUGAAUACAGUGUAAAAGGUUUUUUGUAUCUGCAGAUACACCAUGUAAAUAAAAUGACUUAUUCUGA